AAUUACUGACAUGUUGCUAAGAAACACGAAAGAUCGAUUGGAUUUCAAGUUGAGAAGUAAUUUGAAUUUCGAAGUAGAACUAGGGCCUAGUUCAAAGUUAUUUUUUUAGUCUUGACCAUGGAUGAAACCAUAAUCAGCCGAUAAUAUGGCUAUGGAAAAACAGAGUGUCUUGAAAGAGACACACCACAGAUCAGUGACUGCUCUGGGAUACCACCCGUUAAGGCGUGAAAUAGUUGCAGGAUUUGAAGAUGGCUUCAUUAAGAUGUGGGAGGUCGAAGGCUACAAGCUCUCUGUCACCACUCAUGAACAUCAAGGCUGGGUCACUGACUUCCUCUACUGGCCAGAAGCCAAGGUAAUGUUUUCAUCGUCUAACGAUGGGACAAUCAUCGCUUGGUCAACGGCAGCUGCAGUACACGAUCACAUCUCAUUUGGUUCGCCUGUAUACACUAUGGCUUUAAAUGUUAGGAGGCAUCAGCUCGUCUGUGGCUUUAAUGCUUGUAUCAGGGUCUUCAGCUUAGAUGAAAACAGAGAGAGCGGUCAUCUAAUAGAUCUCAAAUAUUCCUACAACUCCAAGGAGCACACAGAUAUUGUCAAAUGCAUAGUCUGUCUGGAGUCAAGGGUUUACUCAGCUGGGUUUGACCAGAAGUUGAUAAUCUAUGACUCCUCUUCAUAUCCUGGCAACAGAGGACUCAAUCCUGUUUUCUGCAAUCCAAAGGCCCAUGACGCAGGUAUAUCAUGCCUGGUGCUUAUAAGGGAUUCAGAAAACAAUACAUGGCUUGUGACUGGGUCGUUCGACAAGGUAGUGAAGAUCUGGUCGCAGGAUGGCAAGCUGACCCACCGACUGGACGGCUUCCUAGGAACCAUCACCGACCUUUGCUACGUACCAAAGAACAAGACCUUGUGGAUAUCCUCCGGAACUUCACCUGUAGCAGCCCUCUAUGAUCCCAAGUCGGGAGAAAAUGUUUCUGAUUUCAUUGGCACCUUCCAAGACGAGGAGAACGAGAAGUACCACCUUCAGCACAUGAAGUAUUUCCCAGAACUCAGUCAGGCAGUCGCAAGUAGCAGUAGAAGACACAUCUUAAUGUGGAAAUACAAUCCUCAAGGAUGCAUUACAACUCUCAAAUGUAAACACGCUGUUGAGUGUCUUACCUACACCAAGAAGGACCCGAUUCUAUUCUUUGAUGGCGGGAGUGAUGGUCAAGCCAAUAAUUGGGAAAGAUUGCAAACAAAUCACUUCAUGUACAGCCAAGAGACAUUCCUGCUCACCGAAGCCAAAACCAAACUUGCCCAGUUGAAGAACCAGAAGCGAGAGGAACGUCGCCCUCUUGUGAGCGCAUUCGUGCGCAGCCUUCACAACCCGACUCCGAGCAGCUACUCGUACAGCAAGCCCAGCCAAGGUUCCACGUCAACAUACAAACACAGCAACUCAGCAUUACUAAAGGCACUAUUCGUGGAGUCACUGGACUUACUACUACUUGGCUCUGAAGAUGGUAACAUCUACAUCUGGGGUUUCGACGAUGCGGCUGUCAACGCACUCCGAAACAUGAAACCCUCAAGCGACGAUGAUCUUCUCAAGAAAUACCGCAUCCUCCUCGCAAACAACUCAACGGAAUCAGGAUCAGACAACUCAUCAGAAUUUGAGGAGACAAUAUCAUUGGAAAAUGCCGCAGAGACGGAUUCAGUGACAAACCGUGUUGCCGGUUUUGUGUGUAAGAACGUCCUGUCUGGCCACAGUAGCUGUGUAACAAGCAUGUUUCUUGUAGGCAGACAACAUGGCUAUGGCACUACAUACUUGGUAAGCUCUGGUUGGGAUCGGAGAAUAUGCAUCUGGGACCUGGAGAGUGGAAGAUUGGUUGAUAGAUUUAGGAAUGUCUCUGGAGAUGGAAUGGACAUUGAGGAGCUUGCUUGCGAUGGUAUCGUCAUUGACAUGGAUUACAGCCAUUGUAGGAACGAGUUUGCCUGCGCUUCCGGAGACAAGAUGGUGUACAUCCGGCACUUCAGCCAGGUCGGGACUGAGAUGACCUUGAGAAAUACACUUCAAGGUCACGAAGGAGAGGUCACACAGGUCAAAUGGAGUGACUUCACAGCGAACUGGAUCACUUCAUCAGAAGAUGGGACUAUUAGACUAUGGAGUGCAGAUGGAAUGACGUGUGAGCAGGUUAUUAACACCCAUGGCCCAGUAUCUGCUAUAUGCCUUGAUAAUGUAUCAAAGUGCAUCGUGGCAGGAGUUCACAACGUCAUCAAGGUUUACAACCCUAGCAAGAACAAGCUUCUGCAGACCAACUUUGGACACACAGAUUCCAUUCGUUCCAUCAUUCAUGUUCCAGAAAGAAGCCAGUACAUAUCCGGGUCAUGGGACGGCACAUUAAGAGUCUGGAAUGCAUUCCGGGUAGCUACCCGAAAAAAGAAGGCCGCACGGAUGGAGGAGAAGAGGGAAAGCAUCUCGAAUUUCAAGAACAAGAAUCAACCAAAUUAUCUGAUCGAGGAUGAGCAAGAAAUAUAGCUCUGUUUGCUCCAAAUAUGGUUGGAAGCAAAAAUGAGAUACUACCGGGGGGAGGGUGUUUCACAAAGAUUUCAGUCUGACUUAAUAUCGCACUUAAAUUUCCAGUUGUGUGUGAUAUGUAAGCAUAACCCCAUUGGUCAUAUCCUUGUCAGGGGUGCGCCGUACCUCUUCAUCAUUAACUUGUGUUAAAUAUCAUGUGCAAAUGGGCACCUAACUUUAAUCAGACUUUUGGGAUGUUGCAAGAAACUUGCAAUUGAUCACAAGAUGAUUUUAGGACCCAAAUCAAUCAUAAGUCUUGCAGUUAAUCAAAUUGACUAUUGAUCUCUGGUCUCCUUCUUGUAUUGACAAGAAUGAAUUACAUACAUACAUAACAGGUACUUAUAUAGCAAAAAUAUGAUCAAAGCGCUUUACAAUGAACAACUACUACUAAUAAUAAUGAAUUACAUUAAACAGCACAUAACAAUGUAUCUAAGGGGGACUGGUGCCUGAUCUUAAUGCCCUGUUCACCCGCAGUUUCAGGAACUUGCCCAGAAGGCAAUCCGGCAGGCUCAUAACUCACAAGGGCUCUACAAAACCACCAGGCCUAGGCUAAACCCAAACGCAAAAUCAACUUACGAAAGCGUGCCAUACUCACGAAAAAAAGAACUAAGCAUGAGUAGUUAAACCACUCGUUACACCAACAAAUCAUAUAAGGAGAGCAAGUUUCAAUGUAGCAAAUGUGUUUUAAGCAGAGAUUUAAACUUGUCAGCAGAUCUUAGUGUAAACAGGCAGUUGAUUGCAUAAUUUGGGCACAAAAUUAGCAAAUGCUUCAUCACCAUAUGAUUUGAUUUCUUUUAUUCAAAAUUGAUCUAUCACUUGUGAAUUUGCAACUGAAGUUUGCAAUUGAUUGCAAAUAUUUUCUUGCAACACCCCCCAAGUCUUAAUUCUUUGUGAAACACCCAAUGGAUAGAGUAGAAUACUUUGAUGGAACAUAGAAGCAACUCGUAGGUAACAGAUAUUAACAAUUAGACUAGCAGUUAGACCAACUCAGAUAUAUUGAGAGGAGUACUCUUUAGAUAGUGACAAUCAUUGAUGUAGAUAGUGAGAGAAAGAAGGUGUGCGGUACAGAUAGGUAUGGAGAGAGAGAGAGAAGUAAAGAGAGAUAGAAGAGAAAGAGAGAGAUGGAGAGAGAAUGAUCAAAAGUGCCUUGAACACAUAAUCCUUGUGGAUUUGGCAAUUUAGAAAUACUCUACAGUAUAAUAUUUAUUUAAAAAAAACAGAAAGAGUAGAACAGAGUAAGAAAUGGAUUAGUAAGAAGUGCAAUAAAAGAAAAUAUAUACAAUGGAACAGAAGAUGAAAGGAAAAAACAGAGAAAUAAAGUUAACAUAGUGGAUGAAAACUUAAACGAAAAAUAAAUGUAACGGUUUUUAAUUCACCAGUGGGUGUGAAGUAACUUAAACCAGCUGUCAUAUUUGACAGACAAAUGCACACAGGUUCAAAGAGACACAUAAGAUAUGCAAAUAACAUGUCACUAGCUUUUGAUUGAUAGUACAUAUUUUCUAUGGAGUGAGGUUAAAAGCAACGAAAGUAGUCAUUAUUCAGCUGUGUUUGGAAUAUUGAGUUUUCUCCCUUGACGUGUAUUUUUGAUGAAACAAUAUCACUAUAUUUUUGUUUAAAUAAUUUAGGAGAAUAUAGAAACAAGCAUUUGCACGUGAAUAUGGCUGAUAUCGCUGAUACAAAGCACCGAUGAUAGAAGAUAUAAAUGUCAAUAGAAGCAUGAAUGUUAAGGGUAGAAGUGUGAAUAGAAGCAUGAAUGUUAAGGAUAGAAGUGUGAAUAGAAGCAUGAAUGCUAAGGGUAGAAGUUUGGAUAGAAGCAUGAAUGUUAAGGAUAGAAGUAUGAAUAGAAGCAUGAAUGUUAAGGAUAGAAGUGUGAAUAGAAGCAUGAAUGCUAAGGAUAGAAGUGUGAAUAGAAGCAUGAAUGUUAAGGAUAGAAGUAUGAAUAGAAGCAUGAAUGUUAAGGAUAGAAGUGUGAAUAGAAGCAUGAAUGUUAAGGAUAGAAGUAUGAAUAGAAGCAUGAAUGUUAAGGAUAGAAGUGUGAAUAGAAGCAUGAAUGUUAAGGAUAGAAGUGUGAAUAGAAGCAUGAAUGUUAAGGAAAGGAGUGUGAAUGUCAAGGAUAGAAGUGUGAAUAGAAGCAUGAAUGUUAAGGAUAGAAGUAUGAAUAGAAGCAUGAAUGUUAAGGAUAGAAGUGUGAAUAGAAGCAUGAAUGUUAAGGAUAGAAGUAUGAAUAGAAGCAUGAAUGUUAAGGAUAGAAGUAUGAAUAGAAGCAUGAAUGUUAAGGAUAGAAGUAUGAAUAGAAGCAUGAAUGUUAAGGAUAGAAGUAUGAAUAGAAGCAUGAAUGUUAAGGAUAGAAGUGUGAAUAGAAGCCUGAAUAUUUAGGGUAGAAGUGUGAAUAGAAGCAUGAAUGUUAAGGAUAGAAGUGUGAAUAGAAGCAUGAAUGUUAAGGAUAGAAGUGUGAAUAGAAGCAUGAAUGUUAAGGAUAGAAGUGUGAAUAGAAGCAUGAAUGUUAAGGAAAGGAGUGUGAAUGUCAAGGAUAGAAGCAUGAAUGUUAAGGGUAGAAGUGUGAAUAGAAACAUGAAUGUUAAGGACAGAAGUGUGAAU